AUGUUGAAGAUUGAGAAAGUUAUGGGAUAUGAAAGAUUAACCAACACUUUCCAUAAUUUGUUUCAAAUUCCUGCAGCGUGGGAAAGUUUUGCUUUGGCUGUCAACCUAUCGCAAUCCUCCUCCUUUAUCCAUGCUUGGGAUCGGUUGCAAGCUCAGACGGACCAAAAUGAGAAAGACAUUAGCCAAUCGGAUCCUGUAUCACUAAAAGUCAUACUAAACGGGUCUUCUAUCCCGACCCGUAACAGCAAGUCAUUUGGUCUGUUAGGACUUAGGAGGAUAACUCUCACCAUCCUCCCCCGGCUCGCUCUCUGCCUUUCUCCCUCAGAGAUGGCAACUUGCUCUACUCUUUUAAGCAGUGUUCACGUUAAAGGAUGGUCUCCUCUUGUGCAUAAAAAAGAGAAAUUCAAAGUCUGCGAAUGGGCGAACCGGUCACAAAGUCCUAGUCGGAAUUCUCAAGUCUCGAGUUGCAGCGCAUGCUGUUUCCUUGGAGUGACAGCUUCUAAUAAUAUUGGAUGCCCACAAAUAGAUGCAAGCAUGACAGGGGACGCCAGUGUCGUUUUGGGGGCGGUGGGGAAUAUCAAUCUAAACAUACCAGAAAUAUCAGCAGUUGCCUCAGAUGUUAUGGAUAAGUUGUUGUUGUUGGCAGAUUUGGACCCGGCUACAGCAAAGCUAGCAAUUAGUAUUUUAGGGCCCUUUCUCUCAGCAUUUGCCUUUCUAUUCAUAUUGAGAAUAGUGAUGUCUUGGUACCCCAAGCUCCCGCUGGGGAAAUUUCCAUAUGUGAUAGCUUAUGCUCCCACAGAACCUUUGUUGGGUCCGACGCGAAAGUUAAUUCCUCCAGUUGGAGGAGUGGAUGUAUCUCCUGUUAUGUGGUUUGGAUUGAUUAGUUUUCUAAACGAAAUAUUGCUAGGCCCUCAAGGGCUUCUUGUCCUUCUCUCUCAACAGGUCAAUUGAUGUACUGGACAAUGGUUGGGGUUUUUAUCUUGUCGAAUUUUCUCCGGCAUCCAUGAGGGGCUUAGCAUUGCAAAGACUAUCUUAAAUGUUUUCUUUGCCGGACUAAUUGUAGAGUGUAUGAUUCUUUGUUUAAAGAAGAAAAAUGUGUGAUGUUAAUAGUUUUUGCUAA